AUCGAAACCACAACCCCAAUAUUUCAGAAAGGAGGAAAUCAACAUACCCAAUGACUCCAACAAAAUUGAACGCCGCCAUCAUAGUUGUCUCAACAACUGCGUCAAAAGAUCCUUUCUCUGAUGCAUCCAGCGGUCUGCUCACUGAGUCCUUUGCUGCCAAUUCAAGUGCAGAAUCAGCCACUUGGCAGGUCAUCGCACGAAGCAUAGUGUCCGAUGAUCGCGAAGAAAUACAGGGAGCUCUGAAGACCCUUUUGGAGGGUCCGACUAGAUUGAACCUUAUUGUGACGACUGGUGGGACGGGUUUUGCUAUUACAGAUAUUACUCCCGAAGUAAGCAAUCCAAUCUCUGCCCUUUUCUAGAUACUGAUAAUAGGGAUAGGCAGUGAAACCGUUCCUGCAGAAAGAGGCUCCAGGAUUGGUGUAGGUUUGAUAUCUCUCAAAUGGUCCCCAGAAUGACGCUAAGCGACGAUAGACAUGCUAUGCUCUCAGCCUCACUUAAUAUCACACCAUGUGUGCCUCCCAGUGUUCAACCCCUAUGUUAUACUAACUAAACUAUAGUCUCGAUGAUGUCGCGACCUGUCGCUGGCGUUAGCGGAAGCACUGUUAUCAUUACGCUCCCCGGUUCACCAAAAGGCGCCACAGAAAAUCUCGAAGCCCUCAUAAAGUUACUCCCACACGCUUGUAUCCAAGCUGCUGGGAUCCAAAGCUCCCGCAAACUUCAUUCCGGGGGUGUUGAGUCUCUCGAAAGGCAUGCCGGUAUUCAUAAGCACAGUAAACACCCCCCUAAAAGCGAUAGCCCCCACAGCGGCCAUCGCCACCACCACCAUCAUCACGGCCACAACCACGGCCAUGCGAUCCCUAGGGCUCAUACCAGUCCCGAAUCGAGAGCCAAUAGGCUCGAUGAUGCUGUCACAAGAAGGUACAGAGAAAGCCCGUACCCAAUGAUUACGGUGGAAGAAGCGACCGACAUGAUUGCCCGGGAAACACAAAUAAAGGGGAUCGUUCAAGUUCAGGUCAACGAGGACCUAGUGGGCUAUGUACUGGCUGAAGAUGUCACAGCUGCGGAGAGUGUCCCUGCGUAUAGGGCGAGCAUUGUGGAUGGCUACGCCGUAGUGCAUUCGGACGGGAAAGGAACUUAUCCCGUUGUGUCUGUAUCUCAUGCUGCCCCGGGUUCAAUUCCCCCUUUGAGCUCCGGCCAGGUUUCUCGAGUCACCACAGGAGCACCCUUACCACCCGGCGCAACCGCAGUUGCCAUGGUUGAAGAUACGGUCCUAAAAUCCAUGACCGAGGAUGAGAGAGAGGAGGCAGAGGUGGAAAUUCUGGCAGACAGAAUGGAGGACGGGGAAAACGUUCGCGAGGUCGGCAGCGAUGUUAUGAAAGGAGAUGUUGUUUUGAGAAAGGGGGAUAUCAUAUCUGCGAUCGGUGGAGAGGUUGGGUUGCUGGCUUCCGUUGGUAGAGCUUGGGUCAGGGUAUAUGACAAAGUCACUGUCGGCGUAUUGAGUACCGGGGAUGAAGUAGUUCACCACGAUAGGGAAGGGGAAUUGCGACUCGGUGAAAUACGGGACAGUAACCGCCCAGCUCUUUUAAGUGCAAUCAAAGCUCAAGGGUUCUCAACAGUAGACCUAGGAAUCGCAGGGGACAAGACAGGAGCACUACAAUCAACGCUAAUAGAAGCUCUACAAAGCGUGGAUGUGAUCGUCACGACAGGAGGUGUAUCAAUGGGAGAGCUAGAUCUUCUGAAACCCAUAAUCGAGCAAUCACUCAAUGGUACCAUCCAUUUCGGAAGGGUAGCGAUGAAACCGGGGAAGCCGACCACGUUUGCUACAGUCCAAUCGCCUAAAAAAAAGCUUAUAUUUGCAUUGCCGGGGAACCCAGCCUCUGCGCUUGUCACCUUGCAUUUGUUUGUCUUACCUUCGCUUAGGAAAUCUCAAGGAUACGAAAAGUACGAGUUUCCCCAAGUCAGAGUUACAGUCGACGAAGAUAUGAAGCUUGACCCCCGUCCGGAGUUCCGAAGGGCAUUUGUUAGAUUUGACGAGGUAGACGGGAGACUGCAUGCUAGUGGGACCGGUGGACAAAGGAGUAGUCGUAUUGGUAGUGCCCACGGAGCGAACGCGGUUCUGGUAAUGCCAGCGUUGAGGGAAGUUAGCGAGAAGAGGAGGGAGUUAGGAUGCAUUCCAAAAGGAGAGACUGCUGACGCGAUUCUAUGGGGACAGAUUGGCUGCGCUUAGGGGUUUGCAAGAUCAGAAAGUUUUGUUGGUUAUGAUAACCUAGUUCAAAAUUCAAUGCGAGGUCGAAUCGCCAAUACCGAACCUG